GUGGGCCACUGACCGGCGUAAUGCCAGCGCGAGAAAGUGCCACGACUCCACACAGACAUCGACCGACUCCUCAAGCUGGAGAUAAGAAUUUUUUUGUUUGUUUGUUUGUUUGUUUUUGGCUGGAGUGGUGAGGCAGUUGGAUUCGAGAUAAUCACUUCUGUUUAAACUCUUCCUGGAGUGAUUCAUCCAACGGAAAUCUGCCGCGAGAAAAGAACGCAAACUAGCAGUCAUGGAUAUCUACGAUCCUCAGACCCUUGGAAUUGUGGUGUUUGGUGGCUUCAUGGUGUUCUCAGCCAUUGGGAUUGUUCUGGUCUCAACACUUUCCAUGAAGGAGACCUCAUAUGAAGAAGCUAUAGCCAAGCAGCGGAAGGAGCAGGGGAAGACCCUAUCCAGGCAACGGUCGGACAAGAAGAAAAAGGACAAGGCAGCUGAGAAAAAAAAUCGUGCUAAGAAAAAGGAAGAUAAGCCCAACGGGAAGCUCCUGGUGUCAGAGGCCACCCCUGAGGUUACAGAAGUGCCAGCUGAGCCCAGUCCUCCAACUCCAGAACAAGUUUCUACACCUGUACCUAAACAAGAGGCCCCAGCUCAGAAGUCUCCUCAACCCACCCCUUCUCAGAAGCCCACUCCACCUGCCCCAGCUCAGAAAUCAGCUUUGACUGUCCCAGUCCAGAAGUCAACUCCACCUGCCCUGGCCCAGAAAUCUGCUGCACCUAUCCAAAAGUCUACUCCAGCACCUCCUGCCCAGAAAUCCUCUCCAACUCCCUCUGCCCAGAAAUCUGCUUCACCUCCUCCUACCCAGAAAUCUUCACCAGCCCCAGCCCAAAAGUCCGCUCCAGCUGCCCCUGCACAGAAAUCCGCUUUACCUGCCCCCGCUCAGAAGUCUGCUUCAAAUGCCCAGAAUGCCCAGAAAGCAGCUCCACCUGCCCCAGACCAGAAAGCCGCCCCACUGGCCCCUGCACAAAAAUCUACUCAAACUCAAAAGGCUGCUCCAACUGCCCCAACACAAAAAUCCUCUCAACCUGCCACAUCCCAAAAGGCUGCUCCAACUGCCCCAACACAGAAAUCUUCUCAGCCUGCCCAAACCCAAAAGGCUGCUCCAACUGCUUCAACACAGAAAUCUUCUCAGCCUGCCCAAAACCAAAAGGCUGCUCCAACUGUCCCAACACAGAAAUCUUCUCAGCCUGCCCAAAACCAAAAGGCUGCUCCAACUGUCCCAACACAGAAAUCUUCUCAGCCUGCCCAAAACCAAAAGGCUGCUCCAACUGUCCCAACACAGAAAUCUUCUCAGCCUGCCCAAACCCAAAAGGCUGCUCCAACUGCCCCAACACAGAAAUCUUCUCAGCCUGCCCAAACCCAAAAUGAUGUUGCAUCUGCCCCAACACAGAAAUUUUCUCAGCCUGCCCAAACCCAAAAGGCUGCUUCAACUGCCCCAACACAGAAAUCUUCUCAGCCUGCCCAAACCCAAAAUGAUGUUCCAACUGCCCCAACACAGAAAUCUUCUCAGCCUGCCCCACCCCAAAGGUCUGCUUCAAAUACCCCAACACAGAAAGCUCCCUCACCUGCCCCAGCCCAGAAAGUCACUCCACCAGCCCCAGUGGAGAAAUCCUCUCCACCUGACCGAAAACCCAGUCCACCUGCCCCGGCCCUAUCCCAAAAAGCUUCUGCAGGUCCUACACCUCCUGCAUCCCGUCCUGCUCCCGAAGAUGCUCCGCCUGCCCCAUCUCCUAAGGAAAAGAGGAAGAAGAAAGCCAAAGCAGAGCCUGUUUCUGCUGAGAUUCAGCCCAAAUCUGUGGCUCCAUUGGAGAUGGUGACCAAAAAGGUUCCCGUCAUGGCAGUGCCUCCAGUGGGUACUCUGAAAGCUGUCUCAGCAACUGCUGUGCCGGCCAAAGUAGAAGAGCCCAAACAGGAUGCUCCAGCCAAGAAGAAAGGAGGUUCCAAGAAGAAGUCAGAACCAGCGGUGGCUGCAGACCCCGCGGACAGUCCACUGUACUUGCCCUACAAGGCCCUGCUUUCCACGGUGAGGAGUACGGUGUUCACUGAAGGAGAGGCCCAGCAGCUCAUUGAGAUUCUGUCUGAUAAGGCUGGCAUUAUUCAGGACACAUGGCACAAGGCCACACAGAAGGGUGAUCCGGUAGUUGUGCUGAAGAAACAGCUGGAAGAACGAGACAAGCAGUUGGGAGCCGAGCAGGAGGACUCAGCAGCUGUUAAAAGCCGACUGAGGGAUUUGACUAAAGAGCUCUCUGUGGAGAAGUCAAAGGUGGCGUCUGUAGAGACCAGGCUGAGCUCUCAGCUGAGUAAACGAGAGCAGGACAUUAUCGCCCUGCAAGCACGCAUGCAGGCCAGUUAUCAAGACCACCUUGCGGAGACUCAGCAACUUAAUGCCAAAAUCUUGGCUCUCCAGGACCAGCUGGAGAAAGGCCCUAAUGCUCAGCUGGCCCGUCUACAGCAGGAGAACUCAAUCCUCAGAGAUGCGCUUAACCAAGCCACCAGUCAGACGGAGAGCAAACAAAAUGCUGAAUUGGCCAAACUGCAUCAGGACUGCAUUCGACUGAAUAAGGAGCUGGUGGAGAUGAACGAAGCCUUGCAGGCUGACGAACAGCUCAGGAAAAAUCUGGAAUCUAAAGCUGCCAUGGCUGAGAAACAACUGACCCAGCUGCAGGCGAACUGGGUGAGCAGUGAACAGGCCCUGCAGAAGCGUCUGGAGGAAGUGAGUGAGGAGCUCAGACUGACCCAGAGCAGCAGAAACAGCCUUCAGACACAGCUUGAACAAGCUCAGAAAGACGCCACUGCUCUAGCAGAGGCUCAAGCUCGUGUAUCCAGUAUGGAGGCGGAAAUGAAAGAGCGGACCGGACAGUUGGAGAGUCUGCAGAGCCAGCUGAAACUGCUGGAGGCGAGCCAGAACAAAGAACAGAACCACAAUUCAGAGGCUUCGAUGGCUGAACUGGAGCAAGCGAAGAGUAGCCUGAAGGAGAAAGAAGAGGAACUGAACCAACUCAAAAACAUCAUCGCCAAUCAGGUGGAUAACACAACAAAGGUGCAGCAGUUGCAGCACAGCAUUAAAGAAAAGGAUGACCAAAUAGCAACUCUUCAGGGAGAGCUCCAACAGGUUAAAGAGAAAAGUUCAGACCUCACCAGACUUGAAAACACAGAAAUGCUGGAACAGCUUCAAAACAGUUUGAAAGAAAGAGAGUCUCAGGUGGCUCUGUUUGAAGAAGAGAUGAAGCAGUGUAAAGAACAGUAUGACACUAAACUGGCAGACAGCACAGCCAAGCUGGAGUCACUACAUAAAAGGUACAUAUUCCAUCCUAGUCAGUGCACAUUACAGUCUGAGUGUGAACAGUACAGGAGCGUACUGGCUGAGACGGAGGGGAUGCUGAAAACACUUCAGAAGAGUGUAGAGGAGGAGGAGAAAGUGUGGAAGACCCAGAUAAUGGAGUCAGAGGAGAAACUGAGAAUGGCACUCAAAAAGAUGCAGGAAUUAGAAGAGACAACAGAGAGCUUGAGAGAGGAGAACCAGAGAACCCAACAGCUGGAAGAGAAAGUGAUGUUGCUCGAGGCCCAAUUUGAGAAACAGCUCCAGUCAGUGUCCACUGACAGCCAGAGUCAAUCUGAAGAGAUAACACACUUGAAGCAAGUUUUAGCAGAAUCAGAAAGACAGCUGAGUGCGGCCCAGAAGGAGAUACAGACGCAGAGGGAGGAGCUUUCACAGGUCGGGCAGCAACUGAGUGACGUGACAAAGCGAGCUCAGGGAGUGGCAGAGAACGGGCAGCCUGAGGCGGAGGAGUGUCAGGUCCAGGCUCAGCUGGUGCAGACGCUGGAAAAACUGCAAGGUGAACAGGCUCUAAACCAGCAGCUCUCUGCAGAAGUGGAGCAGGCUCAGGAAGCCCUCAAAAAACAGCUUCAGAGCCAUCUAGAACAGAUGAAGUCAGCUGGAGACGCUGCAGCCAUGGAGGAUGUUGUUCAGCUGAAGGAGUGUCUAGAGAAGGAGCGAAAGAUGACCAAAGAUUUGGGCCAGGCAGCCACCAAACUCCAACAACUGUUAAGAAACAGUCAGGACCAACUUUCCAAAGAGAAAGAGCAAGUCAGGACCCUGCAGGAUCAACUGCGAGAUGAGGAGGGUGAUGGAGAGCUGAAGAAAGGCACUUCUGUUUGAGGUGUAAAACAAAACAAAUUGCCAAAAAUUGCCUUAAGAUGACCAAAAUUUUUCUUCCCUUUUUUGUCGUACCAUAGUCUUGGGAGAAAUUGUUUGAAGACUUUUGGAGAAAUCUAGCUCAUGCAAACAUUUUAUGUCGGAGAUGUGCUGGAACUAUUUUCACUUCACAUUCCAUCUGAAACCUUCUGGCUAUGUCAGAAAAUAUUCCUCAAAUGCCUUAUAUAUAUAUAUUCUUAGUGUUCCCGCACCUCUCCUCCUGAUGUCAGUGUUAAAAGGGAAACCGCAUGUACGUUAUGCGUACAUUAACUAGUGCAAUUAAUUUCUUGUAAGUGAAUGAGUAUGCAUAAUUGUAUUGGUACAUGGGUACAGCAUUUGGAAUGCUCUCUCUGUAGCUGGCUUCAACACCAUUGUAGUAAGUUCGAUAAUAAAUGGCAACAUAGCUUU